GUAUGUUCGGUUGUGAAGAUAGGACGAGAGUAGGGUAUUAUCAAAGUCAUGAGCGCCAUCUGUUGGAGUGGAAGGACUAUGACAAUUGUGAGGGUCUUAACGUUCUCCACCAUGUGUUCUCUCUGAGUUCUCCAUGUGUUCUCUCUGGGUUCUCCAGAUUCAGACUGCAGACUGGGGAUCAGGUUUGACCUGUCCUCUCCUGCCCUGUUAUUGUCUCUUCCUUUGAACUGUAACACAUGCACAAUUCAAAGGCACGUGGUCACCGCCGCCUUUUAAGUUUGGCGACAUUUGACCACUAAACACCGGACCAUGAAGAAAAAUGCAUGAAAUUAACGAAAAGAACCUGAGCUGAGGCGUGAAAAGGAGACAGUCAUGUAUCGUGACGGAUUCUAACUGCUGGAAAGAACACCAAAGAAGAAGCAAACCUUGAAUUGUUAAAUCAGUGUCAUGCAGCGGGUGAGAAUGGCUGCCAGGGGGAACUUAGUUCCACUUCUGAAAUCAAGUGGGUAUCAAGUGAAAGAACUGCUGGGCUCUGGCAGCUUUGGACAUGUGUACCUGUGUAGGCGACCAGACACAGGAGAGAUGGUGGCUGUGAAGGCCGUUGCCAAAGCAAAGGCUAAAUACGGUAAAGAGGAAGUAAACAACCUGGAACUCCUCAGGAAGUUGGACGCAGACAAGAACAGCUUGAUCAGGUUCAAUCGGCACCUCGAACGCCAAGGAAACGUUUUCCUGGAAUUUGAGAAACUGGACAUGACGCUCUAUGAUUUCGUUUUCAACAACUGCAGACAACUGUUUCUGUCCGAGAUUCAGCCGAUCACACGACAGCUGCUGGUGGCACUGAACGCCCUGAAGAGUAUAUCAAUGGUUCACUGUGACAUCAAGUUAAACAACAUUAUGCUGGUUAAUCACUGUCUUCAGCCCUGUAAGGUGAAGCUCAUCGACUUUGGUACGGCCGAGUUAGUCUCCAAUAUGGAACUUGGCGAUGUCUUUCAGCAUCUUUCAUACAGAGCUCCUGAAGUCUCACUGGGUCUUCCUCUGAGCGAGGCGGUGGACAUGUGGUCCCUCGGGUCUGUCAUCACCACUUCGUACCUCAAGGCUAAGUUGUACUCAGGACAUUGUGAACUGGCAAACAUCAACGAUAUCGUGCAGUUGCUCGGUCAACCUGACGAUCACGUGCUGAAGACCGGAGCUCAUACCCGGCAAUAUUUUUACAAAGACCAGGAUUCGUUGUGGAAACUGAAACGAGAGUGCAGCUGUUCAAUGGGUAAAAGCUGUCAUUGGCGUUCUUUUCACCCGUUGGUGACCAACGAGACAACAGAAAUGUUUGCCAGUCUUGAUGACAUCAUUAAGACACGCCCAGGUUCUGCUGCUUACGAGGACACACAGGCCUUCAUUAGCCUCCUUAAAGAAAUGAUGCAGGUAGAUCCGAAGAAAAGAAUCACACCCAGUGAAGCUCUGACGCACCCGUUUAUCACUCUGACAUAUUUCCCCAGUGAUUGUGCUGCUUCCAACAAUGAGAGAACUCCACUCUCAGCUAGCUUAAUCCACAACAGCACUGCUAAAAUUGAUGACAGACCACCACAGAGAGCUAGCUCAGAUAACACCAAUGUGUCCAAGACUUCACCUGCCUCUGUCAGUCUGCUCUCUAAUGGAGACAAGAUUAGCACUGGUAACGGAACAAUUCGCUCAAAAGCCAAAGACAAAAUUAAACUUUUCAAGACAUUUAAUGGGUUUAUUUCACGGCUGUUCAAGAAAAGAUCGUCUAGAAGUCUUUUGGAUGAGGAGAGUGUUGCUACCAGCGAUGAAGAACCACCCCCACACGCAGCUAGCUUAAGUGACAAUGACGACAAACCUCCACAGAAAGCUAGCUCAGGUGUUGUUGACGCCUCGCCUGCCUCUGACUCAUUGAGUUCCCAGAGUUCUAGGGGAUCCCAAAGUUCUCCAAGCUCACAGAGCUCCAAGACCAGUGAACAGCGCGCAAUUCACCCACUGAUAACUCAUGAGACAACUGAAAUGUUUACCAGUCUCGAUGACAUUGUUCAGACUCGCCCAGGUUCUGCUGCUUAUGAGGACACACAGGCUUUUAUAGGCCUCCUUAAAGAAAUGAUGCAGGUUGAUCCAAAGAAAAGAAUCACUCCUGGUGAAGCUCUGACACAUCCGUUUAUCACCAGGAAAUACUUUCCUAGUGAUUGUGCUGCUUCCAUCACUGAGAGAACACCACCUUCAGUUAACUUAGUGCACAGUGCCUUCAACAAUAACAACAGACCUCCACAGACAAAUGGCACCAAAGUUUCAGAGACUUCAACUGGCUCUUCUAGACGUGUCUCCGAUAAAGACGAGAUUAGCACAGUUACGGGAACUAAGGGAUUCAACGUCAAAGCCAAAAACAAGCUUUUCAAAAGGUUUCAUGGAUUUCUUUCACGGCUUUUCAAGAAAAAAUCCUCCCGAAGUUUGUUAACUGAAGAGGAAACUGCCGCCUCCAGCGACAACAAACCCCCACCCACAGCUAGCUUAACUGAUAGCACUGACAGUGACGGCGGACCUCCACACAAAGCUAGCUCGGGUGACGCCAAUGCUGCUGAGACUUCACCUGCUUCUUCUAUUCAUGUCUCUGAUUUAGACGACGUUAGCAUCGAUGACGAAACAAUGGGCUCAAAAGUCAAAGCCAAAAAUAAACUUUUCAAGACGUUUCACGGACUUUUCCAUGAUAAGAUCAUCCAGAAGUACGUUGGAUGAAGCUAGCUUAACUGACAGUGAUGACAGAUCCACAGGAAGCUAGCUACGGUGUCUUCACCUGCUUCCGCUGCUCAUGGUUCUGAUGGGGACCAGGUUAGGACCAAUGAUGGAACUUUAGGUUCAAACAUCGAAACCAAAACAAUUUGUAAGGAGGAUUUGUCUCACAGCUGAUCUAGAAAAUUAGAUUUUUGGGGCCACCUGGGACAGAAACACGACACUGGCUCAAGCUAUGAUUGUGUUUAUGACAUUUUUUCCACCAAGUGCAGCGGUUCGGUUUGGUACCGCACAGUUUUGUGACUCUGUCUUGAUGUCCUUGUUCGUCGUCGUGCUGCACGGCCUUCGGGCGUGGCCCACACUCCGCCUACUUAGUAAAGGUUCUGCUCUCAGUCGCAACACAACCCUGACCCAGGACUUUUUAAACCAAAACUGUACCAUGAUGGAAACACAUCAGUGGUGUCACCCAGGUUUGGCUGAAGGCAGAGAAAUGUAGCUUCAUGAAAUUAUAUUAUGUAACAAACAUUAGGAGCGUAAUUGUAUGUUUAGUUAUAACUUUAUCGUCACACUAGUAUGAGUACAUCUGACCCAAAGUGCUAAUAUGCUAACAUGCUAGUGAGAGCAGACACGCAGGAAAUGGAUCCAUUUUUAAAGCUCAUUUUUAUAAAUCACAGGAGAGAAUUUCAAAUUAAAAAAAGUGAAUUUC